CAACCCUUGUUCCCUCUCCGUAUAUGGUCACCUGGACGCCCAGCGAUGCUCUUGUCGAUUCCACGCCCGAUUUCUGUCCGUGUCCCGUCGCUCUGAGCCCGCAUCCCCGUCCGACUGAGGCGCUGUCCAUGCUGCCCCGAUGCAAUCAAUAGUCCUCCCCCCUUCCUCCUUCAUCACUCCAGACUUCGGACACCCGAGAUUUCUCCCAGGCCCGGAGCGGCUCUCUUUCAAUCGGACCCGGUCAGCCAAUGCUCGUCGCUGCAGUCCCCGGGACCUCCCACUCCCCCGCCCCAUGUCCGGCUCGGUCCAAGCAGAAGACCCGCUGGAAACCACCGGGGAUGCCAGACGCCCUCCGGACCGUUGUCAACCUCCUGCCGAUCCAGCGGCCGUCGCCUCCGCGGGACUGACGGGUUCCAUCCUGACCGCGGCGGCUCCCGCCGCCCCGUCCACGGCCCACGAGCCUGCCUUGCAGCGAGUCAUCGCGACCCCGGCCGACAACCUGCCCCGGCAGCCAUUUCAUGCCUUUGAUCCGUUCGCCUCGCGAGCCCCCAUCUCAUUUUCGGGGCACGGUCCGACGCACUCGUCGGCGUCGGCGUCGGCCUAUCCACCCAUUCCGUUCGGGGCCUCGUCGCCGGGGCCGUCCUCUCGGACGCUGCCGCAGAAGCCCACCCGGCGGACAAAAGCGCACGUCGCAUCCGCGUGUGUCAACUGUAAGAAGAAGCAUCUCGGGUGCGAUCCCGCCAGACCGUGUCGGAGAUGUGUGUUGUCGGGAAAGGAGUCAACGUGCGUUGAUGUCACGCACAAGAAGCGAGGGAGACCUCCCUUGAAAGCAGAAGAGACGUCCCUCCGGACGUACGCCCCGCAAAUGGAGAACGCCCCCGCUGGACACCACGGCAUACAAUCCCGACGAACCCACAUGCACCGGGCGACGUCCUCACGCGAGAUCCGACCCAUGACAGAUCUGCAGAUUCCAGGUGGCCCGAUGGGACCGCGGGCUGCGGCACCCCCCCCUCACCGCUGGGCGCCGGGGAUGUACCCACACGCCGUGGACCCCGCACUCACGAUGCAGAGAAACAUAGGGCAUCGGCGGUUUUCGUCCUCGGGCUCCGCGCAUUCCUUCACCGCGGCGUCACCACCGGCCUUUGUCCCCAUGGCAGGUGGCGGCUACAGCCCAGCCCUAGCCCAGGGGCGCAUGCCCGCCGGGGUGGGACGAUCGCUGUCGUCGUACGGCGCCCCAGCCCUGCAGCCAUCCACCUCACCCCCACAGUACCCGCAGCCCUACAGCGUGCCGAUGUCCCCGUACGCCGAGCCGUCUCGCAUGACAAACCGGCUGUCGAUGGGCGAGCCGCCCAUGCAGCGGGAUCCGCGCGAGUCCUACCUCGAAUCCCCCGUUCGACUGCCCCCGAUCUACCCGCCGACCAUGGCCCAUCCCAGCCCAGGAAGCCAGGGCCAUGGCCAUCGCCUAAGUGAUCCUUAUCAGCCCGUAUGGUCAUCCCCGCACAGUCGCGAGGAGCUAUACCACCAUCACCACCAUCAUCACCACUACCCACCCCAUCCCCACCACCACCAGGAGCUAGAGCAGCGACAAGCGCCACCUCCACCGCCGGGGAUCAUGGACCCGAUCUCGCCGCAAAGUCAGAUGCGUCAGGCGGCUGCUGACCUGGGUUACGGAGAGACGAUGCCGCGGCCAAUAGAGCCGAUGCCGUCAACGACACCCCGGCAUUCGGUAGACUUGUCGAGCGGGCGGGCACGGGACGAACCGCCAAGCGGAGACGCGGACCGGCCCGCCAAACGGCGCAAGAUGGCUUUAGACGACAUGGUGAAUGGUUAGCCUGCAUUAUUCUUCCCUCAAUCGAGACUCCUAUGGAGUCGACCAUAUGACGCAACCCUCUAUCCGCCUUCAAUCAGAUAAAGCACACCCGGAGAGCAAAUCCAAAGAUGCAAGACGCCUUUUCAACGCAUGUAGCAGGAUCUACAGCACCACAACACCAACCAGCUGAUUACAAGGAACACCACGGUUAACGAUACCCACUAUCUACCUACUAAUGUGUACUUUCAAUACACUAUCCUCUCUUUGUUUAUCUGAGCGACCACCAUCGAGUACUAUUACUACACGCAUAUACAACAGCUAUGUACGGAUUAGCAUUGGCAGCGACACCACUAUUACCAGCACUACUCAUUUACUGCACUAUCUACCUAU